GAUGUCAUCAAGCUGAGGCAAAAGUCGCUCCUUAGACACGGCCAGAGCACUGAGAGAUAUCAGGUAUUGAUGUAACUGGAGUGAAUAAGGGAACCUUCUUCCUGAGCACAGACAUUGGAGCCUGUUAUCAGCAUGAACUCAUAUGUGUUAGACAAACACGUGAAUAGUUCAUAUAUAUCCUUCACUACAGGAAGCAUCAGAAUGAUACCGCAAACUCCAAUAGUCUUAGACACUAAUGACUAUUCACAAACAUUGGGGAUAUCACAUGCGAUAUUUAAAGGAGAUGAUGAAUUGGCAGGAACUGGGCAGCAAUCAUUCUGUACCGAGAGUAAUUUAGUCAUCAAACAAGAGGACAACAUUUUUGACUUAUCUAGUGAAAUUAAUAUCCCUGAGGAUAAACCACACACAUUUACUGAGCAUUCAAAACAUAUUAAAGAUAGGAAAAGUCUACAGUCUAGCCAAAUGAUUCAUUCAAAGGAGAGACCUUUCACAUCUACAGAAUGUGAGAAAAGCUUUAGAUGGAAGUCUCCUCUACUAGGACACUACAAAAUUCACACAGUUGAGAAGCCACACACAUGUACUGAGUACAGCAAAUGUUUUACACAAAUGAAUCAUCUGAAAACUCAUAAAAAGAUUCACACAGGAGAAAAGCCUUUCACAUGUACAGAGUGUGGAAAAAGUUUUACAUUAAUGGUUAAUCUGAAAAAUCAUGAAAGGAUUCACACAGGAGAAAAGCCUUUCACAUGUACAGAGUGUGGAAAAAGUUUUACACAAAAGAGUAAUCUGAAAUCUCAUGAAAGGAUUCACACAGGGGUAAAGCCUUUCACAUGUACAGAGUGUGGAAAAAGUUUUAUACAAAAGAGGGGUAUAAAAACUCAUGAAAGGAGUCACACAGGAGAAAAGCCUUUCACAUGUACAGAGUGUGGAAAACGUUUUACACUAAUGGAUCAUCUGAAAACCCAUGAAAGGAGUCACACAGGGGAAAAGCCUUUCACAUGUACAGAGUGUGGAAAAAGUUUUUCAAAAAAGAGUAAUCUGAAAUCUCAUGAAAAGACUCACACAGGAGAAAAGCCUUUCACAUGUACAGAGUGUGGAAAAGGUUUUAUAAAAAAGAGUAAACUGAAAACUCAUGAAAUGAUUCACACAGGAGAAAAGCCUUUCACAUGUACAGAGUGUGGAAAAAGUUUUACAAAAAAGAGUCAUCUGAAAAGUCAUGAAAGGAUUCACACAGGAGAAAAACCUUUCAUAUGUACAGAGUGUGGAAAAGGAUUUACAGAAAAGUGUAAUCUGAAAAGUCAUGAAAGGAUUCACACAGGAGAAAAACCUUUCAAAUGUAAAGAGUGUGGAAAAAGUUUUACAGAAAAGAGUAAUCUGAAAAUACAUGAAAGGAUUCACACAGGAGAAAAGCCUUUCACGUGUACAUGUGGAAAAAGUUUUACACAUAUGAAUAGUAUGAAAACUCAUAAAAGGAUUCACAAGGGAAGAAACCUUUCACAUGUUUAGAAAGUGGAAAAAAGGUUUUUAUUGAAAUCUGGUAUCGCAAAACACCAAAUAUUUACACACAAAUAAACUUUUAUAUGCACAGUAUAGAAACCUUUUUACAAUUAUCCUAAAGAGGACAAACUCUCUAAAUAGAUGCAUCAAAAAAGGAUGAUAUUUUAAAUAUUACUUUCUGAAUCCCAGUUUGACUAAGGGUUGAUAGCCCGAAAUGUAGUCUUGUAUUUUGUACCUGCUCCUGGUGAAAAGGAAUAAAGAAAGUUUGAAAUAAUUGGUUGUGCUGCCUUUCUUUGGAACUUUUGAGGUAUUGCAAGGUAUGCAGUAACCUUUUUUGGUGUGCACAACCUGACGGCUUGAGUGAUGGAUUUCAUUUGACAUUAAAUCCCAGUUAUAAAAGCCGUAAAUUGGAAGUGCUCUCCUGCUGUCCUUUAUUCCUCUAUAUAUGUGCACCUCAGUUUCUCUCAUAUCAAUGUGAUAGAAUCCAAACACCACACAGGAAUAUACAGAUUUGUCCUCAUACUGACCAGUUUACACAAUCAUUCACCACCAAAGCACCCCCAGUUUUGUUUAUUAAUAUGCCAGUGUUAGGAGUUGUACAUUUGUUUUACAUAGGGGAUAAAAUAAUUACAUUUACAGAAUAAAGGAGUCUUUAUAUGAAUAGAGUGUUAGAUAAUUAUAUAAACAAGAACAUCAGUCUCAAAUGAUUGACAUCUGGGAGAUAUAUUUAAUGUGCACAUCAUGUGGAUAAACCUUUUCUUAUAGCAAUAGAUGCUUAGCAUUGUACAUGUUAUAUACCAGAGGAAUUACUGAGGGGAAACUGAUUUUAUUUCAUGAGACACAAUAUCAGUAACCGGUACAUACGUGAUCAUAAUCAGUUUAAUUUAAAUGGCUACUAUAACCUACAUGUAUACUGGGUAUGUAAUAUGUGUGUCAUGUGAUCAUAAUCAGUUUAAUUUAAAUGGCUACUAUAACCUACAUGUAUACUGGGUAUGUAAUAUGUGUGUCAUGUGAUCAUAAUCAGUUUCAUUUAAAUGGCUACUAUAACCUACAUGUAUACUGGGUAUGUAAUAUGUGUGUCAUGUGAUCAUAAUCAGUUUCAUUUAAAUGGCUAAUAUAACCUACAUGUAUACUUGGUAUGUAAUAUGUGUGUCAUGUUCUGUAACUUGAUAUUAUGUCUGUUAGAUGUUUUCAUGUCAGUUAGAAGCCACAAGAACUGAUAAUGGCACAUACUGUAUAUAUAAAGGGAACAUUAUAUGUCUGAUAAAUCCCUUUGUAUCAAGAGCACAAGUGUUAGGUAUAUUUAUACCAUUGUGUGCAUAUAUCAUGUAAUGCUGCUUUUUACUAUAUAAUGAUAUACAAUGUUUUUUCAUGCAAAUAAAAAGUGAUUGUAAUCCA